AUGCAGAGAAUAUUAGAGAAGAAACACUUCAGAAACAAACAGAAAGAGAUAGAAUACAUUUCGAAGAAAUUGCAAUCUUACGAUUGGAAGACAUACCCUCACAGAUGUCUUCUUAUCUUAGAUGACUUUGCUUCUCAUCCUUUGUUAAAGAAUAGAGAACAAGACAUGUGUCGAAUUCUUAAGAAGCUCAGACACUUUAACAUUUCAGUUGUCAUUUGUGUACAGACAGCCAAGAGUUUAAGUAAGGAUGUUAAAAGAAUACUUACUGAUAUCAUACUUUUCCCUGGAUUGUCCGAAGACGAUUUCAUGGAACUUAUGAAAGAGUCCAUGGCAGGUAAGUUUGACAGACAUGAACUAUGGGAGAAGUACAAAGUCAUACAAGACCCUCAUACUUCUUUCAGAAUUCACAUCUACGCGAACAAAGUUCAAAUUGUAAAAAGUCAAGCUUGA